AUGUUUUGGCUUUGCAGUUUAAUUUCUUUAGCCUUCGCUACAAUCUCUAUAGACCUGCAAUCUCCUUUUAAGAACUACCAUGAAUACUUAAAUCACUAUAGAGCUGGAAAAGCUAAAAGCAGAUCAUCCCUUAAUUCUCCUUCAACCCCAAUCACAAAUUACGAAAAUGUAAAAUUAACUUAGCUUCAAUAUUACGGUAGCAUCGGUCUAGGCUCUCCUUCACAGCCUUUCACAUGCGUGUUCGACACAGGCAGCACAACUGUUUGGGUGGUACAAACUGGCUGCAAAACCUGCCACAAAUGCAAGCAUACAUUUACCCCAGACAAAUCCGAUACAUAUAAGAACUUAACAGUAGCAGCGAAAUUGUCUUACUUGAAAGGAGAAACUGACGGAUUCAUGGCUGAAGACACCAUCAGCAUUGGAAACAAUGAGAAAGUUUCUGCUACUAAAUUCGCGUUUCUUUUGGCAGAUAAUGAAGAAGAUAACGAUGGGUUCCAAGCAGACGGACUGGUAGGAUUUGCACUAGAUAGCUUAGGAGAUGGCUACCCAAGCUUACUUACUGCUCUUAAAACUGCAGGUCAAAUUCAAAAUCGCCAAUUUGCCUUUUUCCUCAAUUGGCUCGACAGGUCGCCAAAAUCUAACCUUAUGAUUGAUGGUAGCGACUUAGCUACAUAUGCCAAUGAAACUGCUUUUACUUAUGUAAACCUCAUAACAGAUACCCAAAUUAACCCUGGUUAUUGGGAAAUCAGCAGUGACCAAUUCCAAUGUGACGGCACAGCUCUUGAUAUGGGCUCUCCUUGUAUUAUUGACACUGGAACUAGCUUUAUAUAUGGCCCAGUAAGUUCUGUCAGAGCUAUAUACAAUUCAGUUUUAGAAAUCAGUGGCUGCGGAUAUUCUGAAUCAGAAGAUCUUGUUUUAUGUAAAACAAAGCCUAAUGAAAGCAAUUAUCCGAUAUUGACUUGGGUUUUUAACGGAAAACAAUACACAUUAAACGGAAAACAGUAUCUUUAUUAUGAUGAGCCUGAUGACUUGUAUAUUCUGCCGAUUCAGGCAUGGAAUCAAAAUCAGUGGCUUUUAGGUGAUGUCUUUAUUAGGAAUUAUUAUAUCAGUUUUGAUGUGGACAAUAGCAGAAUUGGCUUUGCAAGAUCAAAAGUGAGCUCAUCUGGUCUUGUUGAUGAUUCUGCAAACAAUUUAGUAUAUGCAGCAAUUAGCUGUGUAUUAGGUUUACUCUUUAACUUUUAA